GGAUGUAGCUACAGCUUUUACCUUGCCCCAGAAAAGGGGAAGUGGGGGGAUUUUCUGUUUUCCCCAGUCUCCAAACUUGCCAUUUAGACCUUUUCUGAAAAAAACUUUCAUUUAAAAAACUACUUCUCUAAAUAAAGUAUUUUAUCUAGAAAAGAUCUUCUGUCCCUCCAAUACCCAUCUAAAGCUGGGUUUAAUUUGAGGUUGAAAAGAUCACCAUUUCUUGCUGUCUGGUCACUGAAGGGAAGAACCUUAGUUUUCAAUGUGGCCUCACUUGGAGCACACGCUGCUUCAGGAGGUAGCCAGGAAGGGUGGCUGGGUUAUUCUGUAACUGCAGUGCCCAGAAAACACAAUUCUUUCAGGGGUUAGGGUUAUUUGCAGCCUCUUUACGAGAGACCUCCAUGCUCUGCGUCACAUCAGAUAGCCCACAAGAUUCUUCUGCAACGGAUUACCUCUGGCAAUGUUUUCCAGAGAGUUCAUUUAUUGCAAAAAGACCAAAGGUAAUGUCUUUUCUGCGCUCACACUGACACCAGUUGUGUCUUUGAAAGGUUUAGCUCCAAAAUAAGCAUUCCAAAAAGCCUUAUUCUCACCUGAAUGUCUGAAUAGGAGUGAAAUUUCCUUCACGACUGUGUUCUGGGGGUGCAUGGCCCCAGCCUGGGCCAUGUGGCUCUGUGCACUGCCCUGGCUUUGGGAAGGAGCAGGUAAAGGAGGGACUGAAAUUCCCAUGGACUUUUCCUCUUUCAGUAAAUCUGCACUCACAUAGUGUCCUAAACACCCAGCCAGCAUUCAGGAAUCACCAUGGAGCAGAAGCUGUUCACUGCUCUUGGCCCUUUUAAUGGUAAAGCAGCUGCAUGAGGAGCUGGAGCUAGCAAGAAAAAGAGGUUUUUAGGGCUGGGGGUGCUGUGGAGACUAACCACAGGUUCCCAGAGGACACAGACAGUCUGUAUCAGGCAGCAUCUAAUGUAAAAUGCUAUAGCUGUCAUUGCUUACACCUGAUUCAGCAAGGCACAUGCUGACACAGACGAGCAGAGUUUAAGCACAAGACAUGAAAUCAGAUCAGAAACAAAAGUAUAAAACCACAGCAGGAUCACUGAGAGAUGGGUUGACAGCACUUCUGAAGAUAAGUGUGAAUUAAAACUAACAAUAAAUUGCUCAUCUUUUUUUCUACCCCUAUUAUUCACGCUUGGAGAGCAAUCAGGUGCUGGGCAUUCUUAGGCGUGGGGCAGGACCCAAUCAGCGUCCUUGCGCAGGGUGCUUACCGCAGCCCAUUGGUGUCCCCUGCCACCGGGCGCAUAUAAGCUCAGUGCUGGAGUGCAGCGAAGGCACUUGGCUGAUAACGCUGGAGGUGGUAAGUAUGGCUUAGCUAUUACAGAACACUGCUUUUCCAAUGGCGGAGUGCAUGGGAGCCAUGCCUACUGAGCAGGUAACUUUGCUGUGGAAAAGCAUGCAAAGAGGAGGAAUCUGGUAGCCUUUGCUUCUCAGCCUGUUCAAAGGUUGACGCGGAUCCAGGGAGUGUCUGUGCUUUCAGAAAGGUCUGAAUGAAGCUGAAACGUGGGGAUGUUCUGGCUUUGUGCUACAAGGCCAGCCGGGUGGUAGAGGCGGUUGUCCGGGGAGCUUGUGCAGCCUCCAUCCAUGGAGGUUUUCAAGGGAACAAAGCCCUGAGCAACCUGGGCUGAAGGUAGCGCUGACCCUACUCUGAGCAGGAGGCUGGACUGGGCACCUCACAAGAUCCCUUCCAGCCUGGGUCACUCCAUGAUUCUGUUAAACUGGUGUUGCAUUUGUCUUGCUCAGUGACAGCAGUGCUGGGGUUUUCUUUAAAUAGAGCAAGAAAAUGUCAUUUUGCUUUGGAUGGGGCAGGUUCGCGUGUAACUCUGUGCCCUGCUGAGUUAAUCUUACUUCCCCUGCAUUUGAAUUAAUGAGUGUCUUGAUUUUCUUCCUUUUGAUGUUAUCAGUGGAGUCUGAUAACCUAAUAAUUACUAUCUGCUAUCUGCAAAGUACUCUAUAAACAUUAGCCUAUGCUCUUUGUCAUAGAGUUUCAGUGAGCGGCAACAACUACAGGACUGUUACAUGACUGGUAUCUUGGCUUGCCUCCCAGCUCCAGUAGAUAUUUCCAUUUAUCCUUUGUCCAGUGCCACAUCAAGCUUCUCUAUCUAGAAAAGUAACAAGGCCAUUGCAGGGUACCUACCACAGGUCAGGUAUAUUUGACAGCCUGAUCAGAUGAUCAGUUUCAUCAGAUGAAGUUUCAGGCAGGGGUUAGGAGUUGUACUGGGACAGGGGGUUUGGAACUAGAUGAUCUUAAGGUCCUUUCCAACCCUAACUAUUCUAUGAUUCUAUGGUAGGUGAGAGUUUUGGUAAUCAAGAGAGGACGUAUCUACGAUUUAUGACAUAAAAUGACUGAAAACUGCACUGGAGGCAGUGUGGGGAGAUGUUUGCACUGGGUAUUGCUCCUUUCAGUCAUUCCUGGCUGCAGUCAGAUUGUCCAUGCCCCUUUCUGUCCACAUUUGCUACCCAGCCUGCAUGUUUAUGGAAGUGACUGCUGAGACCAUUAGCAGGGGAGCAGCUCACUGGUGUCAUGUCAAGGCCUCCAAAAGAUAGGGGAAAGUCAGUUUCUUGCCAUUGGUACUGUACCAGGUCAUCUGCCAUCUCAUACAGACAGUAUUGGGGUUCCUACAGUGCAGGUAAUUUCUAAGGUUCCCUUCGGAACCAGUGGUUUCAGACAUAUCUUAAUUUAAAUCCAGACCCUGGGCACAGUGAUGCCGACAUUUUUUAAGUGAUUCAUAACUAGAAGAUCUGUGCAGUGCUGCAGCACCACACCAGGAAUUAACCAGCCCUUGAGAAGAUACAUGAGAAAUCCUCCAGCAGAGAGGAAUGUAGAUGUUGGCAAGGGCCAGGUCUUGUUUCUUUGCUCUCCAGGCAUCUAAGAAAGCACAUCUGGAUCUGCUUUGGGUGAGCAAACAAAUGAGAUGCCCAUUCUUGCCAUUUUUUUUAUAUCAGAUGUUAAGGGAACUGAACACAAUGAGCAGAAUACAAUCGUUAUUUUAGAAGGCAGAAAGCCAGUAAUACUCUUCCUUCCAUGCAGUCCUCCAGCACCAGCCGCCUCAGCAUGGCAUGUUGCCUUCAACUCUUGGCUUGAAGGCCAGGUUGGCUGCUCCAGGCAGGGGCGAUGCUGCAGCUUGUGGCACUUCUUGGUGGCAGCGAGGUAGGAGCUUGGAUCCAGCUGUCUUCAGGUGGGUGCCUGAAGGGCUUCAGUGUGCUCCUGAGCCCCCAGGGGAGCCCCCAGGGGAAGAUGGGACACAGGCAGCAUGCCCACAUAGUUGGGGCUGGAGGGAAAAGGGGGCUUAUGUGGGGCUCCACAGACAACGUCAGCCUCCCUUGGGCUGAUAAUGUCAGCAACAUGCUGGCAAAGAAGGAAAAGACCCACAAAAGGAGCUCUAAUAAUUUCAGCCCUCUGCCUUUCCUCUCCUUCCACCUCACUGUGAAACGGUCAAGAUGGGCAUCACCAGGAAAAAGAAAACAAGAGAAAGAAAGAUACUUGUAAACCAGCUUGCCUCCAGUUUGGUUGGUAACCAGUGACCUCAGUUGUGAAAGCGUGCAGGCGCCUCUGGUAUGCUGCAGCUUAUCUCUUCUUUACCCACAGAUGACUUUUGCUCCUUCCCAGUUAAUUCAUUAGGUAAAUACAGAUUUACUGGGGGAGACACACUCAAGGCCAACACAAAUCCUGGCUUGCAAGGAAACAACAUUUUUAUUCUUUUUCCCUUAAUCGUCCCAAGAAAGAGCAGAUUUGGGGGGGAAGAGCACUGAGAGAUAAAGUUUGCUGGAAGAGUUGUUGGCUGCAGAGUCCAAGCCAUUUUGGCAUGACCAUCCUUGCACCUUCAUAGUCUCUCUCUGCUUUGUGAGACUGGGGUUAGCGUGUCCGGAGGAGAAAAGGCAGCUCAGUGUCUGAUGUGAAGGCAAUCCAGUGUCUGCUGCCUGCUGCCCUGCUUCAAGCUGCAGUCUUGGGGCCAGGCUGCAACAUGAGGUUGUUGACGUCCAUCCUCAGAGAUUCCCUAGGGCUUCUGGUGGAGAAGCAAGCCUGACCACACGCCGUGGUGCUGCUCGAACACCAGUGUGGUGUACUUCUGUGUUUCAGGGACAGCCCAACACCCAGGAGAAAACCACAGCCACAUCCUCCCGGCCAGUGUGGAAGCCACUGGGAAAGCACAACGUUGACCUCAGGUAGUCCUGACGUGCCGCUUCCAAGGAGCUCCAGCCAAGUGGGUGAAACGGGCAAGCGAGCAGGAGGAGGAUGGCAGAAACGGAGCUGACCAAACUGUGCCCGCUCAUGAACGGCAAUUGUGUGGGAAAUCAUGAAAACAAAGCCGACAGCUCCUGGAUUCUUCCCAACUUGCCCAGUAAGUGCACGUGGACACCUACAAUGCCUGCCUCCAAGUCUCCACACUCCUGCGUGCCCUUACCAGAAGAAAAAAAGAUCUUGCCCAACAUCCUGAAGAGAAUUGGCUGCACCCCAAUGGUCCGAGUCAACAAGAUUGGGAAGUCCUAUGGGCUCAAGUGUGAGCUCUUGGCAAAAUGUGAGUACUUCAAUCCGGGGGGCAGUGUAAAGGACCGCAUCGGCCUGAGGAUGGUGGAAGAUGCAGAGCGAGCUGGGAUUAUAAAACCAGGAGACACGCUCAUUGAACCCACUUCAGGAAACACAGGAAUCGGGCUGGCAAUGGUGGCUGCAGUGAAAGGUUACCGCUGCAUCAUUGUCCUGCCGGAGAAGAUGAGCGUGGAGAAGGUCGAUAUUCUGAAGGCACUGGGUGUUGAAAUUGUGAGGACCCCAUGCACCAGCUUUGAUGCUCCAGAGUCUAACAUUCGUGUGGCCUGGAAGUUGAAAAGUGAAAUCCCAAACUCUCACAUCCUGGACCAGUACCGAAAUCCAAGCAACCCCCUGGCUCAUUACGACACCACGGCUGAGGAGAUACUGGAGCAGUGUGAAGGCAAGGUCCACAUGGUGGUGGUUGGGUCUGGCACAGGAGGCACCGUCACUGGCAUCGCCAGGAAGCUGAAGGAGAAAUGCCCAGAAUGCAAGGUAAUUGGUGUGGAUCCUGAAGGCUCCAUCGUUGCUCUGCCCAGUGAGAUGAACACAACAAACACCACAAACAUUGAAGUGGAGGGCAUUGGGCAUGACUUUAUCCCUACUGUCCUUGACAGAUCAGUGGUCGAUCAGUGGUAUAAAUGCAACGACAGAGACUCGUUCCUCAUGUCGCGCAGGCUGAUCAGGGAGGAGGGACUAUUGUGCGGAGGCAGCUCGGGCAGUGCCAUGUCUGUUGCCGUGCAGGCAGCCAAGGACCUGAAGGAAGGUCAGCGCUGUGUUGUCAUCCUGCCCGACUCUGUCAGGAACUACAUGUCCAAAUUUCUGAAUGAUAAGUGGAUGAUAAAAAACGGGUUCCUAAACGACGCCCAGGAGCAGAAGCCUUGGUGGUGGAACAUCAAGGUGCAGAAACUGAAUCUCUCGGCCCCUCUCAUUCUCCUCCCUGAAGUCAGCUGUCAAAAAGCAAUUGAGAUCCUCCAGGAGAAGGGAUAUGAUCAAGCUCCUGUUGUUGCUGAAUCAGGGCUUAUUUUGGGAAUGGUGACCCUCAGCAACACCCUCACCUCAGUGCUAGCUGGAAACGCACAGUUCUCAGACUCCGUUACGAAGGUCAUCUAUGACCAGUUCUCAAAGAUUGGCCUGGAGGACAGCCUCGGCAAGCUUUCCAGCAUCCUGGAGAACGACCACUUUGCUAUUGUUGUACAUGAGCAAAUGCAGUUCAAUGGGAACGGCAGCUCCUUCAUGAAGCAGAUGGUGUUCGGUGUGGUCACAGCCACGGACCUCCUCACCUUUGUCAGCAGAAAUGAGAAGAAGUAGCAGAGCAGCUCGGCUGUACCCUCCUCUGCUCCUCCGGCAGAGCCAGCUGCCCCCCGAGCCUCCACCUCCCGGUGAGGUGCUUUCUGGUCUGAUCCAGCCGAUCAUUUCUCAGAAUGACUAGGUGAAAAUUGUACUGUAAUGACCAUUUGUCCGCUAAACGCCAUCCCAGAAUACCACUAACAACAAGAUAACUAAUGAAAUUGUGUUUAAUAGCCAUGCGUGGUUACACGGAGCUUCCCAGGUAUGAAGGGGUAACACAGGGAGGGGUGGGGAUGGGAAAGGAAAGGUUGUUAUUGCACAGAUUUUAGCAGGUGGGGGCUUGGUGCUGGGAGGGUGGUGCCAGACUCGUUUCAGUGGUGCCCAGUGACAGGACAAGGAGCAAUGGCCAUAAACUAAAACACAAGAAGUUUCACCUCAACACGAGGAAGAGCUUCUCUAUGUUGAGGGUUGCAGAGCACUGGGACAGGUGCGCAGGGCGGUCGUGGAGUCUCCCUGUCUGGAGACAUUGAGGGCCUGCCUGGACACGUCCCUGUGUCACCCACUCUGGGUGGCCCUGCCUUGGCAGGGCUUGGACCAGAUGAUCUCCAGAGGUCCCUUACAACACCAACAAUUCUGUGAUUCUGCCAUGUAUUUGCUACCCAUAGGUACCAAUGCACUGCUGGUGCUGCCACGAGUCACCCUGGCCACACCAGUACAGGAGCCCAUCUCUGCUGUGAGAGAAGCAGGGCUGGGGCAAGCCACGUCAUGGCUGCACCCUUCUGCCCCUCUCCACCCUUCACAGGACAGCUGCAGGCACCCCUGGGAGACCCUCCUGCGUAUCCCCAGCUCUGUCUGUGGACCAAGGAGGCAGCAGGAAAGGCAGGGCCCCAGAGGAGUGGUGAAGAGUGAGGAAUGGGUGGGACAUUGCACCCCGGUAUGUGGAAGGUGGGGCCCUGGGCAGGAGAGAUAUGAAGGGAGAGCCAAAGGCUGCGAUGGGUGGGGAAAGGAUGGCUCCCAUAGUUGCAACCGGCCUUUUGAAAACACUUUCCUUACCUCUGAGGGAGCUGGCAGCACUGGGUGUCUCUAGCACAGUCCCUCAGGAUGGGGCAGUGAACCAAACCUGUUCAAGAAGUAAAGACUCAUUCUCACAGUACAGUAACUGGGAGAAGGAAUAUGGCUUCAUCCCUGUGUCCUGUAACAGUCAUCUCAUGGAUAUGCAUCCUGGGAGCUCGUUAUUGAGGGGAAGGAGAAGUUGAUCUUAGUUUUGCUGUGAAGGCACUGUGUUCCAUGAACUGAUAAUGAAGGUCAUAAGAGCCAUUUGCCAUGUCAGCACUAAACAUAAAUGAAAGCAAAAGUGAAAGGAGGGUGGGCCAUGAGAUCAAACCGAAGCACCAUUGAAAACUGGUUUGGGGGAGUUGCUCUCAAAGACACUGAGCUUUGCCAUAAGUCUUUCCAUAAGUCUUGGGAGCUGCUCCAAGGUGACAACAGCCAAUUCCAAUUCUGGUUUGCUGCCAAGUGUUUAGUCCAUACUUUCAGCCUAAUCUAGUUUAUACAAGACUUUUAUUAAAUUAUAGAAUGCUGAAGUAUUUAUAUUUAGGAAGAAUGUCUCUGUUGUCUUUUCCUUCCUGAACACGAGCUGUAUCAAAUCUUCUGCAAGUUUUUGCUUGAGUAAUAACCAUAUUUGUUGGGAAAAAAGUAAAAACUGAUUAGCUCAGCCUCAUCGUGUUGUAUUUAUUUUAACAGCUCUGUUGCAAACCGAAGGAUCUUAGUCUGGGUAUGUAUUCCAAACUCACAUGAGUAAAAGUGCCCUGUAACUCCAUGGAGCCCAGACCUGAGCGUGAAUCUGGACCACCUUGAAGCCCAAGGCUGUGGGGGACAAGCCUCGCUAAAGGGCUGUCCUCUCAGGAACUGCAUCUGUUCAUGUAAAACAUGUGCCAUUACUGUGAGUUUGAACAGAAACAAAUACACUAUUUGAUGCAUUUGAGCUGAUGCUCGCUUGCAGAACAGGCUCCUGCCCGGCACGCUGAGCAUGGGCGUGCAGAAUGUGUCAGCUCUCAAAACCAGCCACCUGAAAGCCCAGAUGAUGGGCUCACAGCACGUAACAACAGUCCAGGUAUCAGCUGCCCUGAACCUCUCUGCAGUCUGCAUGGGCCCUACGGAUUAGCCCCUGUGCCCCCAGCAGCAGCAGCGCUACAGGACAGGCAGCUGCACUCAGCAGAGGUGAAGUAACUGCUGAGUAUUAGUCACAAACACAAUGGCUUUUAUGUGCUAACUGUGAGUGUGGGAACCAAUAAAGUUGGGUGUGAGCCCUGGACAUUCCGGGAUUGCUCCACAUCCACAUUGCAGACACAUCCAGCAGUGGCAUUUCCCUGGCUGGCAAUGUCGGUGUUGCAUCUGUGGUGUUUUGUCACAGACUGCGAUCCUGAGGAUGCAAAUACACUCCACAGCACGCACCAGGGCAGAGCAGUGGCACCGCGGGGUGCUCGGUUGGAUGCAGGAGGUAGUGAGAGGGAAUGGCUGGUGCUGUUCUGCCCACACGUCUCUGGGGAGGAAAA